AUGCCGGCGAAAUGUCUGAGAAUGUACCAAAUCUAUUAUCUGAUGCUGGGCUUUAUGAUAGCUAGUAUGGCAGAGGAAUUCGGACAAGGAACCGGUACCAAUGCUGCCUAUCUUGAACCUAUUGUCAAUGUUCCGCUACUAUUUCAGAAAGACAUGUCCAAUGGUGAUAUCGAUUUAUCUUCGGACAAGGAAGUCGUAAUUAAUAUGGAAUGGGGUGCGUUUGGUGACAAUGGCGAGCUUGAUAUUUUUCGCAGCAAUUUCGAUAAAACUGUUGAUGCAGCGAGUCUUCAUCCGGGAAAACAGCUAUAA